AUGAACAGGCAUUCGGCCUUCUCCAAUGGCUAUACCGCUACCCCCAAGCGGGAGAGCGGUACCUUUUCCAUCUCUCCCCAUAGGUAUGGAAAUACACGACUGCAAGAGAAGAAGAGAAGACAAGGUGCUGAUAGAGAUAGAUUCCAACCUCGUUCGCAGCCAGCUCUUCGACGGCGACGGGCCCUGCUCCAGCGUCUCCUCGUCGUAGGCGCCCUCUCGACAUGCCUGCUGCUCUUCCUCUUCCCGUCGUGGCGCCCUACCCUGAUAGGAGCAGCCUCACUCGGCCUCUUCGCUGCCACAGACGACUUCCAGCUCGAGACGGUGCGGUACUACGACCUGUCGAACGUCGAGGGCACGCCCAGGGGGUGGGAGAGGGAGGAGCGUGUGCUGCUCUGCACCCCCCUGCGAGACGCCGCCCCCCAUCUGCCCAUGUUCUUCUCCCACCUGCGGAACUUCACCUACCCUCACCACCUGAUCGACCUGGCCUUCCUGGUCUCAGACUCCAAGGACGACACCUCCGGCCUGCUCACCAGGCUGCUGGAGGAGCUGCAGAGCGACCCGGACCCCAAGCAGCCCUACGGCGAGAUCUCCGUCAUCGAGAAGGACUUUGGGCAAAAGGUCAACCAGGACGUCGAGAGCAGGCAUGGUUUCGCCGCCCAGGCGUCCAGGCGGAAGCUCAUGGCCCAGGCGAGGAACUGGCUGCUCAGUGCCACCCUGCGUCCGACGCACAGCUGGGUCUACUGGCGAGACGCUGACGUCGAGACCGCCCCUUUUACCAUCCUCGAGGACCUCAUGCGUCACAACAAAGAUGUCAUCGUCCCGAAUGUAUGGAGGCCGCUGCCGGACUGGCUGGGAGGCGAGCAGCCGUACGACCUGAACUCGUGGCAGGAGUCCGAGACGGCCCUGGCCCUGGCGGACACGCUCGACGAGGACGCCGUCAUCGUCGAGGGAUACGCCGAGUACGCCACCUGGAGGCCGCAUCUGGCCUACCUCCGCGACCCCUUUGGCGACCCGGACAUGGAGAUGGAGAUCGAUGGCGUCGGCGGAGUCAGCAUCCUGGCCAAGGCCAAGGUCUUCCGCGCCGGCGUCCACUUUCCUGCCUUUUCCUUCGAGAAGCACGCCGAGACAGAGGCUUUUGGCAAGAUGUCGAAACGGAUGAAGUUCUCCGUCGUGGGCCUCCCACACUACACGAUCUGGCAUCUAUACGAGCCUAGUGUCGACGACCUCCGACACAUGAAAGAGAUGGAGAAGGAACGCAAGCAGCGGGAGGCAGAGGAGAAGGAGAAGAAGGAGAAGGCCAAGAAGAUCAAAGAGCAGUUCAAGGACCCCAGCAUCGAGUCCGAAAAGGACAAGUCGGCCGUCCACGACAUCAUGCAAAAGGACAAGAACCAGCAGGAGCUCAAGGAGAAGGAGGCCGCUAAGGAGAAGGCAGCCAAGGAAAAACAGCAGGGGUCCAGCAGUAAUGGCAAAGAAGCUGUAGAGAAGCAGGACGACAAGAAGGCUCAGCUUCUCCCUCCCAAGGAAAAGGAGGCAGACAAGGAGAAGCCUGGAGACAAGGCCAAAGACGAGAAGAAGAAGCCGGAAUGA